AUGGCCAGCGACCAGACCGAGGUUGCAGACAACGAGGACGCCCUCUACAAAGCAGGUCUGGUGGUCAAGUGUGGGCUCCGCCGCAGGUCGUGCCAGCAGGUGGGGUGGCAUCUCUUCGACCAGACCUUGCAGGCAGCCGCCAGUCCAGAAGGUUCGGAGUCACUCCUUGUAACCGAGCCUUUCACGUGGGCAGCCAACCGAGCCAACACAGUCAUCACAAUGAGUGAUCAGAUACCAGUCUGGCUCAAGCCCACUCCAGGCAAGACCUUGACUUCAGUCCUGAGGCUGCAGGUCGCAGCAGAGCAAAGGAAGAUCAGGCGACAGAACAAGGCUUUGUCCAAGGGCAAGGCGAAGGCCAAGGCCAAGACUGGCCCCAGAAUUGCCUCAGUCCGCCGAGCACCAGGCCUUGCAGCCAGGUGGCGAGUCUCGUUCGUAGCCAGGCAGGCAGUCCGGAGAUACUUCCAGCCAGGCCAAGCCCCUGAAGGUGUGGUUCAGCCCAGCAUCCUCGUCGUUUAUGGAGGCCAUUGCAGGCUGGAAAACAUCAGUCCGGAUGGCAGGUGGCUUCAGUCAGAAGAGUUUUGGGUAGGCAGCAAGCACGUAGUCAGACAGCAGGGAGAAGCAGUCCCAGGCCAGGUCAUGAAGAGCUGGCGAAAGCUGAGACGCAGUCAGCCGCAGUUGUUUGCAGACGGCCAGAUUCGCAUCUGGUCCCAGCCAUCAGCAGUCGUAGACAGUGUCAUCUACAGAUGGCAGCUGGAGCUAGACAGGCAGGAAGCUCCACAGGCCAUCAACCUAGUAGACCAUUUCGCUGCAGCCUGGACAGACGACUCGCUCCAUGCAGCAGCCUUGCUCCAGAGGCAUCAGACAGGUGUGCCAGCCAGCUGCACAGGGCUUUGCCAGGACCAUACUCCUGCCACCAGAUCCUUCUACAACUUCCAGCGCUUCGUUCCUUCCCAGGAUUCCAUCGACGAGAUUGAGAGCUUCUCCGCAGAUGGCCAAGACGAGAUUCAGCGGUUCUCCGAAGCUUCGCCCGAGGAACCUCCUGGAGGCGUGCCAGAAAAACUUCCCCAAGCCCCGGUCACGGCACAGAAGAGGAAGAGAAAGCCGUUGGCAGCACGUCCCUUGAAGGCGACCAAGUUUGGACGCUGUGAGGUGCAUGCACGAGCCUUGCGGGCUCAUGUGUACCGAACAGGAGCGCGCCGUGGCCAAGCUGCGCUGUGCUGCCCGCUCUUUUGGACAUGCUCUUCCGAUAACCGGAAGCCCGUCUGCUGGUUUUCUCGUGCCCCGACCCGCGAGGAAUUGUUGAAGUUCCCUCCGGAUUUGCUGCAGCUGCACAAUUCGCUGUGGGCCUCCUUCCAGCGCGGGCACAGAGCCUAG